ACGCAGUGCUUUUAGUCCAAUAAUAAAAUAUUUGACCGAUAAAUCAAGAACUUAUCUUAAGGUGAGACAUUUUCGAUUCGUCAAAGGUCGAUUAAAAAAUAUUAAACCGACCCAAUCGAGGCUGGAGAUAACACUUGAAUCAUUAUCUAACAAAGUUAAAGCAUUCAAAACAAAUCUACGUCUUAGUUCAUGAAGCUUUGCUGGAAGAAGUGCCAAUAAGAUGCCGACAAACAAUCAAGUGCAAGAUUGUGGUACGCUCAUUGUGCAAGUAGCUCAAGUCACUGCAGACGUCCUGAUAUUACUGUUCCAAGUUUUGUACGCGUUUAUUUUAAGUAUAGUGACUUUAGUAGUGCGGAAGCAGCCAAAGUCGGUUCGGGGCGAAAUCGUUUUGAUAACAGGUGCUGGGCAUGGCAUUGGCAAAGAAUUGGCCUUUUUGUACGCCUCGCAAGGUGCCACUGUUGUCAUUUGGGACAUUAACGAGAAAAAUGGUACCCAAACCGUCAAAGAAAUCGAACAGCUUGGUCACCCCAAAGCUCAUUUCUUCCUGUGUGACGUUUCCAACCGCGAAAACGUCCUAACUGUGGCCAAAGACGUCCAACAAAAGGUGGGCGAUGUCACGAUUCUCAUCAACAAUGCUGGGAUCAUGCCAACACACCCUUUGCUAGAGCAUUCUAAAGACGAAAUCCAGAGGAUCAUGGACAUCAACGUCAUGGCGCACUUUUGGACGCUCGAGGCUUUCCUCCCUGUGAUGAAAAAACACAAUUACGGACACAUUGUCUCCCUUUCGUCAACAGCAGGAAUAUUCGGGAUACCGAACUUGGUGCCUUAUUGUUGCUCGAAAUACGCUGUUCGAGGCUUGAUGGAAGCCCUCUACCAGGAGUGCAGAGCAGACAAAAAGAACGAAAUCAAGUUCACUUCGAUUUACCCCUACAUGGUUGAUACAGGGUUGUGCAAAAAACCCAUCAUCAAGUUCCAAAACUUGAUGCCUUUGGUGAAUCCCAAAGAAGCAGCGGCUGAAAUUAUGGACGCACAAAGGAGGGAUUUGAACGAAAUUACAAUUCCGAGAUACAUUUUCUACGCCCAUAACUUGUGCCGGAUGCUUCCCCUCAAGGCUCAGUUGUUCAUUUUCGACUUUGUUGGAGUUGGAUUGGAGUCAGACUUGUCGUAAACUUGUUAUGUUUUUUUAUUGUUUUGUUAGUAUAGAAGUGUAGAUAAUGACCAGUGAUAAUAAAAUUAUUAUUAAUA